UCAUUGGAAAUGGGCCACAAGAGCCUAUUACAAACAGACGAUUUGUAUAAGUAUAUCUUGGAAACAAGCGUUUUCCCUCGUGAACCAGAGUUGCUUAAAGAACUCAGAACUGCUAACGAAGGCCACCCAAUGGGUGUGAUGGGUGUUCCCCCUGAUGAAGGCCAGUUUAUACAAAUGAUUUUGAAACUGGUUAAUGCAAAGAAGACCAUUGAGGUUGGAGUUUUCACUGGAUAUUCCCUACUUGAAACUGCUCUGGCCUUGCCUGAGGAUGGCCAAAUAACAGCGAUAGAUGUUGAUAAGAAAGCAUACGAAGAAAUUGGAUUGCCCAUCAUCCGAAGAGCUGGUGUCGAACACAAGAUCAACUUUGUCCAAUCCCCUGCUCUACCCUUCUUGGAUGAAUUGUUGGAGGAUCCAAAGAAUGAAGGAUCCUAUGACUUUGCAUUUGUGGAUGCUGAUAAGAACAAUUAUUCAAAUUACCAUGAGAGAUUGUUGAAGCUGGUAAAGGUGGGGGGGGUUAUCGUGUAUGAUAACACACUAUGGGGUGGCAGUGUUGCUAAGGACGAGUCUUUAGUUGAAGAAUACAUGAAGUACUUCAGACAGUUCGUCAUGAAAUUCAACCAAAUUCUAGCCACUGAUCGACGCAUCGAGAUCUCGCAAAUUCCUGUUGCUGAUGGAGUUACAAUUUGCCGGAGGCUCUGUUGAUCUUUUCUCAAGUGCUACAUGAAGUACUACUUUUGAUUUUGGUGCUCAUGGUUUUAAGCAUGAAAUGAUCCUUUAGUUUGGAAGGCAAAGCAGUAGGUGUUCUGCUGUAAGUUGGUCUGGGAUGUUUACGAGGCAAUCUUUCCUACCAGGACUCUGUUCUUUUUUGCAUGUUGACUUAGCAGGGAGUGCUAUGACCUUGCCUAU